AUUGACAUUAUAUUGAGGAAAAUGGAUCAAAUUUAUUGAUACGCAGUUUAUACAAGAAUUCAAGAAUUUAUUAAAUUAUAAUGUACGAUCCUGGAAAUCCAACAGUUCCUAAAGGAACACAUAGCAAAAAGGUUAGUUCACUAUAAAUUAUAUUGAUAAAAAAAUUUUUUUUGGUUUAAAAGUUAUUAAAAAAUCCGUUAAAAAAAGCAGGCGUUUUUUAUAUUCAAGUUACAAUUUGUUCACGAAAAAAGUAUCAUAAUAUUACCAUUAGCCUCUCUUUUUUCUUUAUACUCCCCAUCAUUCCAAAAUGUCAUUUUAUAUCCGCACAAAAUAUUGUUUUUUAACAGAAAAAUGAGACGGAAACCGAAAAUAAUGAUGAUUAUUUACUUGAAGAAGAGGAUGCUUUUUCACUUCCUCGUGGUCAUGUCCCUCAAUCAUAUCUUGAUUUGUCGAGUACAGAUAUGGCAAGUAUGGAUGAGCAUUUACCAGAAAGUAAUAUAGGAUAUAAAUUAUUGAUGAAAAUGGGUUGGAAAGCUGGUCAAGGUCUUGGAAGUUCACAACAAGGUAGAAAAGAACCAAUUCGAAUAGACAUUAAAUCUGAUAGUUUAGGCGUGGGUAAACUCGAAGAAGAAAAUUAUUAUCAUGCUACUAGCACCGCAAAACGUAAAGCUUUAGAUAGUGAAAAAAUUGCAGAAGAAACCGAAGAAGAACGCGUUCAAAGACAAAAUAAAGUUCAAAAACAAGAAUCUAUCAAAAAGGAAUUAGAAAACAUCAAUGCAGCUUUUUAUUGCGCGUUAUGUGAUAAACAAUAUACAAAAAUCUCAGAAUAUGAGACCCAUUUGAGUUCGUACGAUCAUAAUCAUCGUAAGCGAUUUAAGGAAAUGAAAGAAAGUAAUCGCCCAACAGCUAAAUUGGAUAAAAAACGAGAAAAGGAACGUAAGAGAGAAGAAAAAGAAUUGGCAAGAAUGCAACAAGCUGCACUUCAAAGAGCAGGCAGCAAACAAUCUAUUGAUAAAGAUAUUAUUAAUAAUAAUUCAGUCAGCAAUAUCGCCACCAUUUCAUCUUCCAUAAAUAGUAGAAGUUCAGAAGGAGGUGGCGGAGGUUGGACUACUGUAGAUAUAAGUUCAUCUUCUAAUUCAUCUAGUUCAACAAGUAGCCAACAAAGUGGUUGGAAGUUUGUACGUGCAACAACAACAAGUAACACAAGUGGAUGGAAUUCAUCAUCAUCGUCAUCAGCAUUUAAAUCCGACGGUUGGACCACGACUAUAGAUCAACCAAAUAAUCAUAGUACCGUGCCAGAAACUGUAAGUUUACCUAAUAGUACGCCAAAAUCAAAAUUAAUAUUUGGAAUCGGAAAAUCGUCCGCAGAUAAUUCAGAGACUCAAAAAUCAGCUUUUAAGUUUGGAUUCAAGAAGAAAUAAUAAAUUUUUUUUUAUUUUUUUAUUUUUAUUUUUCGGGUUUGCAAUUUUGAUUAAACAUUUUCAAAAAA